UCAGUGGAGGGAUUGGCAGAGAGAUGUGGAGGACACUGCUUGGAGACCAGUGGAGGAAUUGGCAGAGGGGGGUGGAGUACACUGAAUGGAGGCCAGUGGAGGGAUUGGCAGAGGGGGGUGGAGUACACUGAAUGGAGGCCAGUGGAGGAAUUGGCAGAGAGGGGUGGAGGACACUGAAAGGAGGCCAGUGGAGGAUUGGCAGAGAGGGGUGGAGGACACUGAAUGGAGGCCAGUGGAGGGAUUGGCAAAGAGGGGUGGCGGAUACAGAAUGAUUAGUAAGGUGGAUGAGUUGGCCAAUGAGGAGGGAGUUACAAUAGUCGAGGUG